AUGCUUUCAACGUGCCUGUGGUUUUCCUUUUUUUGGAGUUCAAUUUUGACAGAGGUCAUAUUACCUGAUUUGUCAAUGGGUUUCGGGAUUGCAAGCGCAAAAAAUUUAACUUGUCAAGAUGUGCAAAUUGGUACGACGAGUGGCACGUUCAAUUCGUCAUACUGGUCUUUAUUGACUAGAGAGACCUCAAACAUUUCUUGUUCUGUUGAUCUUGAGAUGGGGGUUUUACGUUCACGUAUUUAUUCAACUAUUAAAGUAAAUCCAAGUCAGAUAUCCAUCUCAAAAACUUGUGGUGAUGACUGUUAUAGUACCACACUUGUAAAAGAUCAAUGUACAGUUGGUUUAACAGUUGAUGAUUUAUACCUGGAUCCUCCUAAUCCAUUAAUGGAUAUGGUUCUCCGGCAGGUAAAAAAAUUUCUGGAGAAAGAUGUAGAUGCGUAUGUGUGUGAAGUUAUUCUUCCUCUUAUUAUGGAGAAUGUAGAGAAUCACACGUUGAAUGCACCGACAUCAUUUCCAGGUCUUGUUGCUGGAGCUACACCUAUAGAAGAUGCUCCAAUGAUUCGUGCAGGUGUAAAAAUCCUGAAUGAACUCCCAGAGAUAUUUGGUAUGCAACUAAACGCUUCUACACAUGCUGGAACAACUGUUCAAUUAGGAUUUACCUUUCCCAAAGGAUUUCAAAUGUCACUGGGGGAAGUAAAAAAGCAUUCUAGUAUGUUAAAAUUACCUUUUAAUAAUAUGCAAGGGUUUUUACCCGAUAUAUUUUCCUUUAAUUCAAAUACACAGUAUGAUUUAAGGCAUCAUUUUCUCAUUAAUAACGGUACUAUGCAAGUAGAUGUGGAACGUCCAUUUCUUGCAUCACUUGAUAUCUCACUUAAUGAUUUUUAUUGUGAAGAUAAGGGAUUUUUAUGUACUUUACCUUGUACAGAUGGAAUCACACUAGAAAACCUUCGUCUUGAAAAACUUGGAGAAUGGGAUACGAUAGUUGUGAAUCACAUAGGCCCUUUUGCAGUUUCUCUCAUUAACAAGUUUAUAAAUGCUACAACUUUUUCUCUCUGUAAUAAUUCAAACAGUGACCGUCUUCAUAUUCCCACUAAGGAACCUCCACCAGUUAUUAUGACACCACCAUUAACACUCUUUUUUGCUUUUGCUAUUUUUGCUAUUUUACUAAUUGUGGGAACUGUGUAUUUGAGUUUGCGGAAGUAUCGCUUAUCACCGGCCGUAUUAUAUGAUGGUACUGUAAUGUCACUACGUCGAACCAUUAUAGAAGAUAUUGUAAUCCUUUUAAUGGUUUUAACAGCAAUUUUUGGUUUUCUUUGGUCUAAUGCCACAACUGCUGCGGUACUAUUAGUGGGAGGAGACGUUAGAUUGCUUUCUUUUUCACUAAUGGAGACUACCCGAAGUCUUUAUGAAGCUGGUCUAAAACCAUUUGCUGUGCUUGUUUUUAUAUUUAGUGGAGUAUACCCUUAUAUUAAGCUUGUGUGUAUUUUGGUGUGCACUUUAAUUUUACAAAAGCCAGAAUUAAUGAUUCUCAGAGUAGUGGAUUAUUUUGGUAAGUUUUCAUUUCUUGACUCAUUUGCAAUGGUUAUUAUGGCGAGUGGUCUUCAAAUUUCUGGUAUUGCAGAUGUUAAGAUUCUUCCCGGUUUUUACGUGUUUCUCGCUUCCACAAUUCUUACAAUCAUUGCAGGUAAUUAUGCAACCAAUCUUUGGCGUCGUCACACAUCUCUUCGUCGCCGCAUAUCUGUACCAGAGUUAAAAAAUAUCUUGGAUGAUGAAUAUUCUCUGCAAUAUGAUUCUAAUGAAGAUAUGGUCGAUGUUAAGGAAUCUAACUCUUCACGUGAAGUAAAUACGAAAGGAUACUAUUUAUCUGCCUUGAAUGGACUUUUUGUUUUGAUAUGUUCUAUUCCUGCAUGGGUGUUUCCCUGUCUGAGAUAUAAAGUAACGGGAAUGGCUUCUAUUCUUCAACCCACUGAUCGUGAUAUGACCCUGUUUGAGCUUUCCUGCACAUCGUACAUGUUAUUAAUUACAUGUAUCUUCACUGUUGGAGUUGCACCGUUCUUGUAUGCUCUAAUGUAUCCACGGUGGUCAUUCCUUGCAUCUUGGGGUGCCUCGGAUGCAUUGCUGUUAGCCUGUGUGGCUGGACUUCUUCAACUCGGGCAGUUUGUAGAGUUUGUCAUUGGGAAACAUAUGAAUGCUGUUUACCGCGCAGAGGCAGAACUACUAUGGCCAUUGUUAUUAUUACUCGUAGCCUCCGUCUGGCAAUGGAUCUUAGCAGCGGAUCAUGUAAUUGGUAUUCGGAAACGGAUUGAGAAAAAAUGGACAGAACGUAAAGGGACAAUUGUACCGACUGAAGAAUAUAUGUAG